AUGUGUAUCGCACUCAUCUCAACCGCUCACCCUGAGUAUUCGUUGAUCGUCAUUGACAACAGAGAUGAAUUCCUUCGACGACCGACCUCGUCGCCAGACUGGUGGCCAGAGCCAGCAUCGCAUGUCCUCGGCUCACGCGAUUUGGCCCGAGCCACCCACGGCACCUGGAUGGGAGUCACCAAGCAAGGCAAAUUAGCCGUGCUCACCAACUAUCGCGAAGAUAAAUGCGCCCAGGCCGUUGGGGUACAUAGUCGUGGCCGAAUUGUCAACAGCUGGCUCACCAGUCCCCCCAGCGAGGGUCAGACCACCCAUAGCUUUGUGCAGGAGAUGGUCGCUAGCCCCGAAGCCAAGCAAGUCGGGGGAUUUAGUUUGGUUUGUGGCCGGGUCAAUGAACCCCUAGCCAUUGUCUCCAACCGUUCCUCCGACAUGGACCAGAUCACCUGGGUAGCCACGGAGAAGAACCAAACCCGAGGGCUUAGCAACACAAGUGUCGAUGACCGGACAUGGCCCAAGAUUCUGGAUGGCGAGAAGUUCAUGAAGCUUGCCAUUGAGGAGCAUGUACAAGCCCAAGAAGACGAAGAGACCCUACUGCAGCGGCUUCUUGGGGUGCUCAGCAAAGACACCUUGCCGCGACUACCGGAAGGAACCAGUGUCGAGACUUACAUCCAACAUCUACGGAAGAGUAUCUUCGUUCCCGUCAUCGGCGCCGAGGAUGAUGUCAAUCAAGCGGCUGAAGAUGUCGCAGCUGCCCGCGUCGAGGACGAAAUAAAGCAGCCUCAGGUCAAGGGACCUCUGGACCAGAACUAUUCCUCCGGACCGUACGGUACUCAGAAGCAGACGAUUAUUUUAGCUCGGCCCGAUGGUCGACUUCGGUACUUUGAGCGGACCCUUUAUGAUAACGACGCCAAGGCCGUGCCCAUCGGACAAGGCGAUCGGUCGUUUGAGUUCCACGUCGAACAAUAG